AUGUCUAUUCAAUCAAGCUUGCUCGGAAAAAUCGAAUACUUGCCUCUUGAUCAGAUAAGACGCCCAAUUCCUCCAGUGUUGGAUUAUCAAAAGAUCGAUGCAAUGGUUUCUACUCUUAAAGGUAACCCAAUGGCUUCCUAUACUUGUUCUUUAGAAGAUGCUCAAGCAAUGAAUGGCGAGUUGCCUCCAAUCGAUGUAAUGAGGGUGAAGGAAAAUGGCAAGGUAUACUAUUUUGCUUUUGGUGGAUGCCAUAGAUUUCAAGCCUAUGAAAGGCUAAAUGGUGAGAAAUUAGUAAAGUGCAAAAUUUUACCUGCUACGAAGAAACAGCUCAGCUUGUAUCUCGGGGCCUCUGUUGAUACAAUGUUUAAUUAA